AUGGCUGUCGUCGAAGAAGACGCGGCGCCGUCUGCAGAUCCCGCCGCUUCCGAUCCCGCGGCUGGCUCCAGUGAUAACGAGAUCACAGUGGAAGAGGCUUCUUUCGUGCAUUCUGAACCUCCCCAGGAUGGCAGCGCCCCACCCGUGGUUUCCUCUGACAUGGAGGUGCUUCAUGACAAGGUUAAGAAGCAAGUCAUCAAAGAAGGCCAUGGUAGGAAGCCCCUGAAGUUCGCGACGUGCUUUGGCUGCUUUCUCACCAAAAGACAGAAACUACCUUGGCAUGUAAACUUGUGGAGGUUUAUAGUGUUUACACCUUCCUGUUACUCUUUUGCAUUCAUUGAGUGCCAGUAUCUUUUGCCGUGCACUAUAGAGCAUGGGUUCAAGGAUCAUCGUGAUAAAUUUGAGGAUACCUGGCAAGAACAACAUCCAAUUGAACUAGUACUUGGAAAAGAGAAAAAACAAAUGUCUGGUUUAGGCAUUGGUGUUGGCAGCAUGAAAAGCGGGGAGCGUGCAUUGUUGCAUGUUGGUUGGGAGCUAGGCUAUGGCAAAGAAGGAAGCUUUUCUUUCCCAAAUGUCCCUCCAAUGGCAGACCUUGUUUAUGAAGUUGAACUUAUUGGAUUCGAUGAUGUUAAAGAGGGUAAAGCCCGAAGUGACAUGACAGUUGAAGAGAGGGUUGCAACUGCAGACAGGAGAAAGAUUGAGGGCAAUGCAUAUUUCAAAGAAAAGAAGCUUGAGGAGGCCAUGCAGCAAUAUGAAAUGGCGAUUGCAUACAUGGGAGAUGAUUUCAUGUUUCAAUUAUUUGGAAAGUACAGAGACAUGGCCUUGGCUGUGAAAAAUCCAUGCCAUCUCAAUAUGGCUGCAUGCCUGAUCAAACUGAAGAGAUUUGAUGAAGCUAUUGCGCAGUGCAGCAUUGUUUUGUCAGAAGACGAAAGUAAUGUGAAAGCACUGUUCAGGCGAGGAAAAGCUAAAUCUGAACUUGGCCAGACAGAAUCAGCGAGGGAAGAUUUCCUGAAAGCGAAGAAGUACUCCCCAGAAGACAAGGAGAUCCUUCGGGAGCUUCGUUUGCUCGCAGAACAAGACAAGGCUUUGUACCAGAAGCAGAAGGAGCUCUACAAAGGUCUCUUUGGACCAAGACCUGAAGUGAAACCAAAGAAGGCAAACUACCUUGUUGUUUUCUGGCAGUGGCUGGUGUCAUUUAUUCUUUAUCUGGCUAGGAUGUUCAAACGAAAGAAAGAGUAG